CCAUGUAUUAAGUGUCUUACUUACGGAGCACUUUCAACAGUCUUAGCAGUUGCCAGAUCUGUUUCAUUUGUGUUCAUUGUGUUCCUUGCCCUGCUUGUGUCUACGUCUAUAUUUGAUCUAAAAUGGGUCGCAAAGACAAAUCCAACAAGUGCAAACAGUGCCCUUGCGGGAUGACUGGUAGCGUAACGAUAAUUACGGAAAACGAAGUGCAACAUCAACCAGCAAGAGUAGUACCGCAAGGACCCCCAACCGGUGGGUGUAAAGUGUACCGAGGCCCACCACCAGGAUUUCCGGGACACUUGGAAGCAGAAAACCCUGCGAUUCGAGUGAGGCCCGCUGGCCGAAGUCGCUACCACUGCGGACACUGCAAUCAAAGCUCGAAAGGCAGUAGUUGCGUUGUUCAAUAAUGGAUGAUCGGCUUCCAUCGUUUGCCCAGGGAUCUGUUGAACAGGCGUAGCAGGCGCUACUUGCGAAGGCAAACACUCGGCUAAGGGCAAUGGAACACAUUUCUAAAUUCAAAGCUAUCCAAAUUUUCAGUUUUCUCUCAAUAUCCCACUCUCGGCCUUCUCAAACCUCUCAAUAUGCGCCAACAAUAAACCAAAUGUUAUAGCCAAUGGGCAAGUAACAGCCAGAAUAAAGCACACAACAAAAUCCAACCCAAUUUCAAUCCGAUCUAUUUCGCUAGGGAACCGCUCUAGCUACAGUUCGGAGCGAUCGGAUUGUGACCUGUCAUCCGAUAGUUCCUCCAAUGACAGUACCUGCAGCUGUUGUUCGGACCAGCCUCCGCCACCGCAAUGUCGCCCGCAGCAGCCACCGGCGGUUCGGCCACGGCCAAGUCCCCAGACUUUCAACGAUGAUACUAGCUUCUGUCCUCCGGCGCUCCUGCCUCCAGCAAGCGUUCAGUUUGGUGCCACAAAUUUUGACAAUGUCUGUCCUAUGGACUGGACACCAGUUUAUGUGCUUCCACAGUGCUGCUGCAUGCCAACGAUGCCUCCAUCGAUGAGGCCAGCAGCUCAGAAAUUCUGUGCCCCCCCCGCACCAAGAUUUCAAGAGCAAUCCUUCGACCAGACGGAUGGGCAGAGGGCUAGUUUCGGCAAUGAAAUGAUCUGCUACUGUAUGCCAAAGAACCUGACACCGAUGAGGCCAGCAGCUCAGCAAGUCUUCUCUCCCCCCGAACCAAGAACUCAAGAGCGGUCCGUUGACCAUGGCCAGAGGGGUGGUUUCGGCAAGGACAUUCUCUGCUGCUGUAAGGCGACAAUGGCUCCACCGAUGAGGCCAGCAGCUCAGAAAGUCUCUUCUCCCCCCGAACCAAGAACUCAAGACCGGUCCGUUGACCAUGGCCAGAGGGGUGGCUUCCGCGAUGAAAUGCUUUGCUGCUGUAAGGCGACGAUGGCUCCACCGAUGAGGCCAGCAGCUCAGAAAGUCACUUCUUCCCCCGAACCAAGAACUCAAGAGCGGUCCGUUGACCAUGGCCAGAGGGGUGGUUUCCGCAAUGAAAUGCUCUGCUGCUGUAAGGCGACGAUGGCUCCACCGAUGAGGCCAGCAGCUCGGCAAGUCUCUUCCCCUCCCGAACCAAGAACUCAAGACGGAUCCUUUGACCAUGAGAAUAGCUGUAAUUUGGACGAUGACAAUGUCUAUCUCGAGCAAUCGGCUCCGCCUGUUUCUAAGCGUACAAAGAGAGGCAGCAAGCAGCCGCCUCCAGAGAGCAGUCGACGGCAGACGGAUUCGGGGUGCCAGAGAUCAAAGCAGCCACCAGAUCAGAAACUAUACUGCCCCCCAGGGGGAAGAUCUCGGGUGCGAUGCUUUAAGCAAGGGCAAUGCGGGCAAAGAGGACAAAGCGGACAUAGAAGUCACAGAGGUGGGGGAAAAUGUUACCCCAAUGAGUAUCCCGUGCCUGUGUUGGGCAGACAGAUGGCCAAUACGAUGGAUUCGCUGGAUCCGGUGGAUUCGGAUCAGAUGGAUCCGCUGGGUCCGAGGUGCGAUUUUGGGGAAUCUUCGGAAGCAGCGUCAGCAGCUAUCGAUACCGAUGCUCGCGCACAACCAAACGAGUCGAUCAGACCGUUGCAGCGUAUAGGACAAGCCCGUCAUGGGGCGGGUAUAAACGAACCUUUCGAUCAGUAUUACCAACACCCGUGCACAUCCCGAAGAGACCCGGAGAUGAAUCCAAUGGCUAACUUUGAUCCAGAUCGAUUUGCCAGUGAUCAGCGUGGUGGUAUCGGGCGUCUGCGAAAUGUUAAUAUACGCACUCACAUCGAUUAUGACUAUGCUCAGAUUCCGGGCAAUGAGAACCCGCCACGCCCGCUCUCGCGAAAUUAUCCGGAAAAUCCACCAUCGCCGCAAUCUCCAGGACAAAAUAUACCUUCCUUCCCUCGCGGGUAAGAUGAUACGGCCCAACCAAGCGGCUUCUACUUUCGCAAUCAGAAACCUCCAAUAGCAGGUGUUAACGUUGGACGUCGGCGAAAUGUCGAAUAAUAUAAUAAAUCAUCCAUUAAGACCUCAAAUAAUUGCAAACCACCUUUUUUGAUUUUUAUUGCAAAACUCCGAAAUAUCUCAAAAUUGGUGCUGUAUGUUGACUUUUUUACUUGACUGUAUAUUUUCUUGACCUUUACACUAAAACCUUUGUUUAGACAAAAUCCAACAAAAGCAAGUAUGUAAAUUAAGCCAGUUAAGU